GCGCCUCGACUCGAGUGGGAGGGGAAGAAGCGGGCUCGCCGGGUCCAGCCAAGCCGGGUGGAAGGAACUGAGAGUAGUGUCAGGGAAGGCUGGUGGUGUGUUCGAUGUUCACUCGGCGGCCCUUAGUGGGGGUCCUGGCGCUCGGCAGGGUGGCAGCCACUGCGCCUUCGGUGGCUUGAAGCUUGUCGGCCUCGCUUUUGGUGAACGAGCGGCACUGGACCGGGAAAUCGGCGGCUGGGCCUUUACCAAGAGGCUCCAAACGUGGCGAGUUGAUUGAAGAACUGAGCUCUGAUAUUAGAUCUGACAUGUCUUCUUCAGAUAUACCCAAAGAACGCAGUAGACAACGUGUUCAAAAUCCACUUGAAGCUUGGCACAUGCAAAAUGACGUGCUUAGCUACGAAACUAGUUUGGAAAUGGAUGAAAAGGGCCCUUUGAAAGAUUACGACAAUGGAUUAUCUAGCUCUGGUCUUAAAAAAGAUCUCAGUAACGUUUUACUGCUCUUAUUCCUCUAUAUCUUGCAGGGAAUUCCACUUGGUCUGGCUGGGAGCAUUCCAUUAAUACUGCAGAGCAAAAAUGUUAGUUAUUCAGACCAAGCUAUUUACAGCUUCGUAUUUUGGCCAUUCAGUCUGAAACUGCUGUGGGCACCUUUAGUGGAUGCUAUGUAUCUUCCAAACUUUGGGCGGAGAAAGUCUUGGCUAGUGCCAACUCAAUAUUUUCUGGGGGUUUUUAUGCUUUUUCUGUCGUAUGAAGUGGAUGAAUUACUGAAAAGUGAUGAGCAUACUAGCCCCAAUAUUGUUAAGCUUACAGUUGUUUUUUUUAUGUUUGGAUUCCUGGCUGCUACACAAGAUAUAGCAGUAGAUGGCUGGGCAUUAACUAUGUUGUCAAAAGAAAAUGUAGGACUUGCUUCUACUUGCAAUUCCAUUGGACAAACAGCAGGGUACUUUCUGGGUAACGUACUCUUUUUGGCACUGGAAUCAGCAGAAUUCUGCAACAAAUAUAUACGCAUAGUAUCUCAACCGACUGGAAUUCUUUCUCUCGCAGAUUUUCUAUUUUUCUGGGGGAUAGUUUUCCUGGUGACAACAACGUUGGUUAUGGUUCUUAAAAAGGAAAACGGUGGACAAACGCCAAUGCAUCAGGUUGCUCAGCAAGGAAUCAAGGAAACAUACAAGUCUCUCAUUUGUAUAAUGAGGAUGCCUGCUAUCUUAAAGUUCUGCAUCCUUACGCUAACAUCAAAAAUCGGUUUCUCAGCUGCUGAUGGAGUGACUGGACUGAAGCUGAUUGAGAUGGGUGUGCCUAAGGAGCAGUUGGCUAUUCUCGCAGUACCCAUGGUUCCUCUGCAGAUAAUGCUUCCUCUUGCAAUAAGUAAAUAUACAGCAGGCCGGAAACCACUGAAUGUUUUUUAUUGGGCAGUGCCAUUCAGGUUAGCAAUGGGUAUAAUAUUUGCUCUCUUAGUAUUCUGGACUCCUAUGGUAAAAGUGGAUACAGAGUUUCCUGUGUAUUAUUAUGGAAUCCUGCUGUUAAGUUAUGCCUUGCAUCAGGUGGCGCUCUAUAGCAUGUAUGUUGCUGUUAUGGCUUUUAAUGCUAAGAUUAGUGAUCCUUCAAUUGGAGGAACAUACAUGACUUUAUUGAAUACCAUCUCUAAUCUUGCUGGAAACUGGCCAGCUACCUUAGCUCUUUGGUUGGUGGAUCCACUCACUGUCAAGAAAUGUCUAGGUGUGCCCGAACAAAGUUGUAGAUCGGCAGUAGAUUCUGAGCUUUGUGUUAAAUCUGGUGGUUCAUGUUCAACAAUAACUGAUGGCUACUAUGUAGAAUCUAUAUUCUGCAUUUUCUUUGGACUUGCAUGGUGGCUCCGGUAUGGGAAAAAAUUCAGAAAUCUACAAAAUGAGCAUCCAUCCACGUGGCGGUGCAAGAGGAAUAAUUAAGUUCAUAGAUGGAAGUUUGUGGAAUUCAAUGAAAAUUGGAUCUCUUAGCCGGUGUUCAGAAGACUGUGAAAAAAGAAAGUAUUUUAUCAGUUUUAUAAUGUUUAUUUUGAGUAUGUCAGAUGAUUGUCGUAUGCUACAAGUAGUGCUGGUUAUGUAUAGCACUAAUUUUAAUUAGGCUUUUUAUGUUGGAGUUUAAAAAUUGCCUACUUGUGCAACAACAUUCAUUUCAUAGAUAGCCAUCAAGUUGCAUUAUUUCAGGUGUCAUAUAAGAUAAAUUUAAACAUUGGCUCUAAAGCAAAUUGCAUGCCUGUUAGAAAAAUUGGCAAGCUUACUGCCUCUCCACUGAAAGUGAACAUUACUGUGCAAUUACUUAAGAGCACAAUUGGUCUAGUAAAUCUAGUAAUUGCAACAAUGGCUACAUUUUGAAUUGCAAAUUCAUAUAAAUAUUUUGGGACUAUUUACAUUAAAGAUACUGUUGUGUUAAAUGUUUACCUUCUUACAAAAUUGCAGUACCAUAUCGGUGAAACUUUACCACACAAUAUGGCUUAACCUGAUAGUGGAGUUAAGUGUAGAGACUUGCCUGUAAGAAUUAUUCUAAGGUCACCUUGUUUUGAUGUUUCUAUCAUACAUUUCACCUUUAAUUUUGUUUCAUCCCAUGUAGGGGGGUGGGGAUGAAAUGUAAAUUCAGCAAGGCGCUACAGCUAUUUAAACUAAUUUUAUAAAACAAAAUAAAUUGGAAUAAACUUGGAUGACAUCAGAGCAGCAGAGAAAAGGAAAAGAAAAUUUCAUAGACACCCGGCAGGUCGUACAGCAUCUGUAAAAAGAGAAACAUCCUUUUCUGACAUAUCAAAGAAGCAAAAUUACAGCCUUGUAUAUUGUACAUUAAAUGGAUUUCAUUCAAUUUACUAUUUCUGUCUAUAGUCCUUCUGGUUACUUUAAUUUCCAUAAAGCUACCUUGUAUAUAUCAAAUGAAGACAAGAUUGCAACAGUGAAAUGCCUUUAUUCCUUUAGCUAAACCAACUGUGAUAUCAUGUAGUGGCAAUCAUUCAAUCCAAAGAUCGUUAUUCAACAGAUCGUCUGUCCAGGAUUUGGACAAUAUAAUAUAGAUUAAUAUGUGCCUGCAACAGUGGGGACAUCAUCUUUGGGUAAGAUGUUAAACUAAGACACCGUCCUCUUUUUAGAUGAUUAUAAAAAAUAGGUGGUUGUGAUUAUUUCAAGUAGAGUUUGAAAUUAGGAUGUUCAAGCCAAUCCUUCUCUCUACAUUAAGAGCUCCAUGAUAAGAUGAAGUAUUCAUUCAAUGCAUUGGCUGUUUAUGAAAUACUCCCAUUUUCAAAAUAGCUUCCUUAUUAAGUAACAUAAUUAAAAAUAGUUAUCUAUUAAAUAUGAACUGCUUUGUGGCAUUCUGAUAUAAUGAAACAUUCACUUUCAACUUAUUUUUGAAAACUAUAUGCGAGCAUUACAGUAGAAAUAUUUGGCCAUCAGAGAAACUCAGUGACAGAAACCUACUUGUAUUUAAAAGACCUUUUGAACAACGUUGAUUUCCACAUUAUGAUUUGCUUUAUUUAAAUUAUAAAAACAAAUAUUAAAUGUUGGAUUAUUCUAUUAAUCUGAUUUGCAUUUUGUUCCAACUAUUGUCACAUCUGGUUCAUAAUUUCCAAAUUUUGUCAUUUAAACUUAUCAGAUUUUUCCUAUAGUCUGAAAUAUUUAUUGAUCUGAGGAGAAUGUGUUAAAUAACAUGGAUUUGAAAUUAAUAUCUACAUGGAUCCAAGUGGUAUAUUUCUUUCUCAUUCAAAAUUCUUUAUGGAAGGAGAAAACCUCUCCUUUUGUUACCAAUCUCCAUUUUGUUGGUGAAAUUUAAAUCAAUUGACAUAGAUCUGAUGUUGCUGUAGGACUGAAUUUGUCACUAAGUGGGAUUGACUUGGGUUUCAGUCACUUCCAAAUCCUACAUUUGGACAAUCCGUUUACUCAUAACUGAAAGCUAACUGCAAACUGAGAACUUUGAGUUUAUUCAGCAUUUACUAAAUCGAAUAUAGAAUAGUACAGCACAUUACAGGCCCUUCGGCCCACAAUGUUGUGUCGACCCUCAAACCCUGCCUCCUAUAUAACCUCCCACCUUAAAUUCCUCCAUAUACCUGUCUAGUAGUCUCUUAAAUUAUCUGUGUAUUGACAUAUUUAGUUAUCUCAAUAGUAUAAAUACUUUUCUUCUGGAUUUUAGUAAUUUGUAAUUUAUUCUGAUUGUCAACAAACUACCAACUUUCACAACCAUUUAUAGGCAAGCUGCUAGAAACUUUUGAAGUUUUUUCCCCCAGGUUAAAUUCAUUUGAUGUUCUUUAAAUAUAAAGACUAUUGCCCGUGAAAGCAAUGACCAACAACCGUGUGCUUCCACAUCCUGAUUUCAAACUUAAGUUGUGUUUUGAGAAUAAAUUAACUCAUUAUCACUGGUCAUUUAGCUGUAGAAUUAUAUAGCCAUGAAACCAAGCCUUUUGGUCUUCACACUGUGUUGAUCCAAAACCCAUCCACACUAAUUACAUUUUCACUCACAUCAACUUCAACUCCCUCUCCCACCCAAUUCUCUUACCAGUUAAACUGCACUUAAGGCAAUUUAUGGUUGCUAAUUAAUUUACUAACUAUUGCUACUUCCAUUUGUGAUAGAAAACCAGCACACCUGGAGGAAGACCAUGACAUUAAAGGAAAAAAAACAUGAAAACAGGCAAUGUCUGAAGCUAGGAUCAAUGCUGAUUUCUGGAGCCAAGUGGCAGCAGUAUAAACCAUCUGGCUGGGUUGUUUUUAAAAUUUAACAUCUGCCAGAGAAUAGAUAUCAGAUUUUUUAGUUUGCUCACUGAUGUCCGAUCUUCCUUCCAUCAAAUUAAAUAGAUGGCAGAGUGAGGGAUGUUUGACACAGGUCAAGUUGGUUCUGAAGGAAAACUAGUCUGAAAUUUUCAUCAAGAAACUUAUAAUUUCAAAUAUUCCCCAGUCUCAAAUCACUAACUAUUCUUCUCUUGUAACUUUUGUCUUUGGCUCUUUAAAAAGUAUCAGCCGAGGUUUCUCUUUGUAAUCAAAAACAAAUGGAAUUUUUUUGCACCAAGAAUGAAACAUACUUGUUUCUGCUUCAUUUUACCUCAUUAAAAGAAAAGAAUUAUGUUCCAAAUAGUUAAUUCAUCCAUUAGCAGAAAAAUAUAUAAAGAUGUUUUUUUUAAUUGAUCUUGUUAAGAAAUCUUAUGAAAUGUUUAUUUUUUCCAUAUUUCUGAUGAUCUCUGCAGUUAUUGGCAACAAAAUUUGUUUUCAAACUUCUGGUUCACUAAUUAAUGAACAGAAGGCAAGGCAUGAUAUUUUUAAAUGACUAUCCUGAUUUUACCAUUGGCACAGCUGGGCUUGUGCAGGUUUCAUUCUUGCAGAUGUUACAAGGAAUCCUUGAAAAUGCAGCAGCCAGAUUAGAUUUAGUGUGUUUAGUAAAGGACUAUUUUGUGCUGUAUUAAGUUGUAUGUUCACUGGCAUCUUCUCUGGUGUCACAUUGAAUUGAGUAUGACUUUGCUUCCUCUCAGGUUUUGAAGUGAAUAGUGAGUCAACUUUGGAUCCUGACUCUUCCACCGAUGGGACUGGAAGUGCCUGACAGGUGGGCAGUUUGUGAGGUGCUGAGCUCCUCUGCCAUUUACGCAGGGCUUCUGUGUGUUUUCAGUGCAUGAACUUGAGGCUCUAAUACCAUCUCAAUUGUUCCAUUACCACUUCAAGCAAUCAUGCACUAAGAAUUCCAAAGAGUCAGUUGGGAUUUGUAUUUUGUCAAGAGGUUUGGAGGAAAACCUUGACAAAUGUCUGUAUUACUGUAUAUGCAAAUAAGCUGGGCUGUCCAGAGGGGCAGACUGAGUGUAUUAAGGCUUUGAUCCUGAGAAUACUGACCAGGGAGAAGAUGUCGUUGAUUUACUAAACCUUCCAGGAUUUUGUUGUGGUGGUAUCUUUCAAAUACUUUGAGGGAUCUGUUAUAGGUAGUUCAGAUGUCAAAAGAGGACAGGACUCAUGGCUGUCUAGCAGAUCAUUAGUUUCAUGCCAUGUUUAAGGUUUUAUUUUAAUAUCUUCAACACCCUCUUAUCACGGACAAAAGGCUAUGUUAGCUUAUUGAAGACAUACAUAAAUAUGAUCAAUGUCUACCUUCAUCAACUGAUAACUCCCAAGAGUUUGAGGAGUAGUUGACAUUUAUCUGUUUGUGCAGAGGGUGCAGAUUUAUAGAGGACCUUUGUCAUGUGGGUGUUGGUUCUUUCUCAAUCUUUUUUAUUAAGUUUUGAAUUGAUAAACAAUGAUAAUGAUAAAGAGAUCGGGAUUACAUUAAUAACGGUUAACGUAUACAGACAUAGACUCCGAGUAGCAUAUGUAAUUUAAGCUUCCCAAUCUCUUAAUAACUGAACAUGAAAAAGAUUCAAAAAAUUUUAUACAAAGAAAAUGUUCCCCUACACUAAAAAAAACAACAAAGGCUGGGCUGCUGUUUCAUCAGUUAAAAUCAUUAUUUGUCAUUAAUCCCGCUCCUCUAUACACAAACAAAAAGUCAUUGGAAAGGAUUCAGAAAAGGUCAGCUUACAUCAUAUGAAAAUGUUGAAUAAAUGGCCUCCAAGUUUUUUCAAAUUUAACUGAAGGAUCGAUAGUACCACUCCUAUUUUUUUUUCCAAGUUUAAACAUGUUAUAAUUUGGGAAAACCAUUGAAAUGUAGUAGGGGGAUUAGAAUCUUUCCAUUUAAAUAAAAUGGAUCUUCUAGCUAUUAAUGUAACAAAUGCAAUCAAACAGGAAGCUGAAGGGGAUAAAUGAUCAGAGUCCAUGGUAACCCAAAAAUUGCAGUAAUAGGAUGAGGUUGUAAAUCAAUACGCAAAACUGCUGAAAUAGUGGAUGUUGAGUGCUAGGGUCAUACCAAUUUGCACUAAAAUCUUGUCUUUUCCAUUUAAUGCCUGCCAACAUCAAUUUAAUGCUAUGGUGUUGUACACUGCCAUAUUCAUUUAUUUAAACUUGUUUGGUGAUGUGCCUGCUAUUCUAAUUUACACACUUGCCAAGAAUAUCGUGUGUUUAUUUUUGUUUACUAGCUGAUUCUUAAUCAUGCUUCAGUAUUUGCUGGUGCUUGCUUCUGUACUAACUUUUUUUUGAACCAGCAAUGAGUAGUAUUCAGUCAAUUCGUGAAAAACUGAUUGUACUGCAGUGAUCAUUACUAAUAUUUUUGAACGAUGACUGCAUAUAUUUGUUGUGCUGCUUGUGAACUGCCUGAAAAAACAAUAGUAUAUUAUAACUUGUCCAGUUAAUUUUAAAUCUAGUUUUAAAAAAACAAUUAAUUUAAAUUUCCUAAUUAGAACAAAACAGCUUCCCGAUGAAUAUGUUGUGUCAUGGCAAGUAUUCAUAAAUAUUCAAUGCAUCUACAGCAACUGUCCAGCAGUAACUCAAUUACGCACAAUUUCCAUUAGCCAGAAUAACAGGGGCAGUUCAUACAUGGUAACAUCACCACCCGGCCUUCCCCCCCCCCCCCACCAAGAUUCUGUACUUCCUUGUUGUUACAUUAGAUACUAUUUUUAAGGGAACAUCUACACCAGGACAACGUAAAGGUGCCUUAAAAGGGUGACUCAGAAAUAACAAUAAUUGUUGGAAUUGACUUUAUCAUCACAUCCAUCUCAAGAAUAUAAUUUAAAAUGUCUAUGUACUUAAUCUGCUGCACUUUUAUUGUUCAUAAAAAUAAAUGAAAAUCUUUUUUAAAUUACAUUGUUUUUCCAAAAAAUGAAUUUCCCCAGUUAGUCCUGCUGCUCUAAAUGAUUUUGUGGAGAUUGUUCUUCCUGUGCUUUCCCUUGUCCUUUCUCAAAGAAAACUCAGUGCACUUCAUAAUGCCUUACUCAAUAAUUUUUUUGGAUUGUGAUUGAUGUUAUCUUGAUUUGCUGUAUAUUUGUUUUAUUUGCUUAUUCAUGUCCAUUUAAAAGUUUGUCUUUUAAGAUUCUCGUCCAUUUUUCAACUUUGUUAUUUUGAUAUAAUGGUUUAAUCAUAUUGAGAUUGUUGCUACUAUAUUUUUCUUGCAUUUUUCACCAUUAUCAUAUCAAGCUAGAAAUUCCCUUUCCUAGUAUUCACAACUUGAAAUUAGAAAGGAAUAAAA